GUCGGGUGGGCGGGGCUGGCGCCGGGAGUAAGUGCGACUGGAGACGCCUUGUUGGCGAGCUGUGCCGGGAUGGGAAUGUGUUUGCCCUGUCUGGGGGGCGCGGCGGACGACGUGGUGCAGACGCCCGAUCCCGACACAAGAAGGAAACAACUAGCUGAAGCUGCUGAGAAGCGCCAGAAAGAGAAUGUACACAGAGGCAUUAAGAAUCCAGAAUCUGUGGAACGAAAGAAGAAAAAGCAGGAGGAGCUCGAAAAACAGGAGAUGAAUUCCUUAUCUACAGGUGGUGGUGGCGGUGGCCUUCGGUGGCAAGUUGGUUAACGUGUCUGAAGAACAGAUGAACAGCUCCAGUAUUGCCAAUGUAGCAUCAUCCUUGCCAGCAGUGGUUACUGAGAAGUUCAUGUUCUCUGCGUGGCUUUCAGUGUUGUGUGGUUAGGAAGAUCCAGAAACGUGCCAUGCUGCUUCGCAUUGAAUGUUCUGUACAAACGCUUUCUGUACUCUUACAGAAAAGUACAAUUUUUUUUUGCAGUAACUUAAAAACCUGAUUAACGUUUUAUCUGACCAACACAGUGAUUGUUACAAAACUGUGAACACUACUUAUGGCUUCUGUGUUGCACAUCCAGAGUCCUUUGCUUUUGUUACAUUGUAUUAGGUAUUUAUUUUCUACAUAUUGCCAUUAUUUGUAGAGCAGUGUUGAUUGUAGAUUUUUGUAGAUAAUUUUGCUGCAUCUUUAUUAGCCAAGGUUUUCUAUAUUUAUAUAAUAAAAACUCUAAACCUUUGUGCCUUGGA